AUGGCGGCGUGCUUGGGCCAGACAGAAGCAGUCGCGCCGCCUCCUGGAGGGGGCCCCGGGCCGGGACCCGGCGGUGGAGUCCGCAGCAGUAGUUGGGGAAGUCGGAGCCAAGCGUCGUAUGGGACCGUAGGCUCUGUGUGUGGCGGGGAGCAGGGGCUGCUGCAUGAGGAAAGGGAUGAUUUUGGAUUUGCCAGCCUAUCUCGCUUGGGCCCCUCUCUGAGAGACAAGGACUUGGAAAUGGAGGGGCUGUUGCUGCAGGAUGAAACACUGAUGGGGACCAAGCACAGCUACAUGGAUACCUCACUCAUCUCUCUCAUUGAGGAUUUUGGGAACCUUGGAGAGAGCAUCUUAUCUCUGGAGGAUCAGAAUGAAGUGUCGCUGCUCACAGCCUUGACUGAGAUCUUGGACAAUGCCGAUUCAGAGAACUUGUCUCCGUUUGACAACAUUCCUGACUCGGAGCUGCUUGUGUCACCUCGGGAAGGCAGCUCUCUCCAUAAGCUGCUUACCCUGUCUCGGACACCCCCAGAUCGUGACCUCGUCACUCCAGUUGACACAUUGGGACCUACCACAGGCAACAGCCGAGUGAGUGUGGUUGAUCCGUCUCUCACAGAUUCAUGGGAUUUCUCUCCAUCUCAUUUCUUGGAAACCUCCUCCCCAAAGCGUCCUAGCUGGAGGACCUCAAGAUCAAGACUCCGCUGGGGCCAGUCCCCUCCUCCACAGCAACGUAGUGAUGGAGAAGAGGAGGAGGAGGUAGCUGGCUUUAGUAGCCAAGUGCUUGCUGGGGUGCUUGACAACUCUGGUAGUUGCAUCCCAGACUUCCCUAUGUAUCUGGCCUGUCCCGAGGAGCAAGAUGAGGCAGCAGUUGAAGAGACGGCAGUGCCAGCUGCUGGUGAUGAGAGCAUUUCCUCCUUGAGUGAGUUAGUACGGGCCAUGCACCCAUACUGCCUGCCCGACCUCACUCAACUGACAUCGCUUGAGGCUGAGCUUCCAGAGCAGUCAGAUGACUUGCCCCCCCUUGAAGAUUGUAUGGUGCUGGAGGUUGUGGGCCAGGCAGCUACAGCUGGUGAUGACCUAGAGAUCCCGGUUGUAGUGAGGCAGAUCCCUACUGGACCCCAGCCUGCGCUUCUGGACGAAUCAUUAGAGGCCUUGCAGUUGCUUCUGUCCACACUGGAAUCUGAGACUGCUGUGGCCAAAGAAGAUGAAAAGUUGGAUUCAGCAUGCUUGUUGGAACCCAGGGAAGUCGUGGAAUCCAGGGAGGUCAUAGAGCCAGUGAUACCUAAGGAGCCACAGACCCCACCUGCCAAUACUGCACCUGCUUCCCGUAAAACUCGAAAGGGCAGGAGAAGGAAAAACAAAGAGCAGCCAGGAGUCAGUGUGGAACCCUCUACCAGGAGACUGAGAUCAUCUACUCGUGGUCAGUCCAAUGUGGUUUUUGAGGCCCUCUCUCAGACAGGCAGCUCACAGAAGCAGCCUAAAGAGAAAAUUAAAAAAGAGCUUGGGCCUCCACAGGGUAGAGGGAAGCCCAGGGCCUGGACUCGGGGCUGGGCAGCUGCCUUGGAGAAGUCUGACUGUGAGAACUUGGAGAGUGGUGUUGGACACGCUAACCCUGACAAAGAAGGGCCUCUGAAUGUCUAUCCUAAGCUGGUUGACACUGUACAAGCCAGCUCUGUUCCAGCCCCUCUCUCAUUGGUUGGCUCUGCUGAAGCCGACUCCAUGCCAAUUGACUGUGUUGAAUCUGAUCCCACUGCAGUUGAACCUGUGGUAGCUGACUCUGCAUCUGAUAACCCUGCAUUGGUUGACCUUGCCUCAGCCAACUCAGAAGUUAACCCUCUCCCAGCUGACCCAGGGCUGACGGAUCCAGUCUUGGUUGACUUGGAAGCCUUUGACCCUAAAGUGGUUGUUCCUAUCUCAGAUGACUUGCCACCUCUUGACCUGGUUCCAGCCAACCCAGCACCAGUUGACCUAGCACCGGUUCCCAGUGACCCACCUCCAGUUAAACCUGUGCUGGUUAAGCCCAGGCCAACUGAUCCCCGUCGUGGGGCAACAUCCUCAUCCCAGGGGAGUCUAACUCCCCAGUUUGUCUUGGAAUCAGAAUCCUCAGAUCACCCAAAGGCCGUCAUUCCUGAAGUCAACGAGGCUGUCGGUUCUCUGAAGGAAGAAAGUAAUGCUACUGCUACAGCCCAGGAACCCAGACCUCGGCCUCUCAGCCUUUCUGAGUACCGUCGACGAAGACAGCAACGCCAGGCAGAUGCAGCAGAGAGGAGUUCCCAACCACCAGCUGGGAAGUGGCCCAGUCUCCCGGAGACCCCUACAGGGCUGGCAGACAUCCCUUGUCUUGUCAUUCCACCAGCCCCAGUCAAAAAGACAGCUCUGCAGAAGAGCCCUGAAGCUCCUCAUGAGACUCCCCUUGAGGCUUCUGUUGCACCUGGAGGUCCCAGCCCUGCUUCUUCUAGUCCUGAGCUAUCUUCAAGCAAACCCACAGCCUCAACUCCCACUGAGCAGGUGCCAUCCCAAGAGAUGCCAUUGCCUACAAGACCUCCACUCCCUGUGCAGACAGUGUCUCCUGUCAAGCCCAUGCCUCCCACAGUGCCCACUUUGCCCUUUCCUCCAGGUGGGCUGGGCAUACCCCCCAUCCUGCCCCCACCGCCUCUGCAACCUCCUAGUCUUCCAAUGUCUAUGGGGCCAGGGUCUCCUGAUCCCUAUAGCCAUUAUGCCUCUGUGCCACCCUGGCCUUGCUAUCCACCUGUAUCCCCUUCUGGAUAUCCUUGCCUGCCACCUCCACCAACAGGGCCCCUGGUAUCUAGUACUCCUGGCACUUAUGCUAUGCCCCCUACUUGUAAUGUGCCUUGGGUACCCCCUCCUGCUCCAGUCCCACCUUACAGCUCCACCUGUUCGUAUGGGCCCUUGGGAUGGGGCCCAGGGCCGCAACACCCUCCUUUCUGGCCUACUGUGCCUCCACCUCCUUUACCUCCAGCCCCUGUAGAGAGAGUUCCGCCACCCAACUUAGAACCCAACAGCAUCCCACCUGGCCUUCCUGAAAGUAUGGUUUCUAUGCCUAUGGCUCCUUCUGUCGGUCUUGGGCCUGCUGUCCAGGGAGCACCACAGAUAGAAGAACCCACCAAGGUGGAGGUCAACCCAGUGCCUGAAUCUCCCUGUCUGAAGCACAAAGUGUCUUCUCCCAAGCAAGGCCCUCAGAUCAAGGUUCCACCAUGCCCACCUACUGAGCUGAUUGCUGAGGGUGUGGCUAUUGAACUUGUGUCAGAGAGACUAAAGCCAGAGACUCAGGAGAACAGACACCAGAAGUCCUCUCCUAUUGCUAAGACUGUAGCCCCACCAAGGCAGAAAACUGGACCCAAGCUGCCUAGUGUCCACCCAGCCUGUCUAAAGAAGCUGUCCUUCCUGCCUACUCCACGUACCCAGGGCCCAGAGGAUGUAGUACAGGCUUUCAUCAGUGAGAUCGGAAUUGAAGCAGCAGACCUAUCCAGUCUGCUGGAGCAGUUCGAGAAGUCAGAAGCCAAAAAGGAGUGCCCUCCCUCGGCUCCUGCUGACAGCUUGGCUGUAGGAAACUCAGGCAGCUGUGACACUCCCCAGGAGAAGAAGCCCUUAGACCGGUUACAAGCCCCAGAACUGGCCAACGUGGCAGGGCUCACCCCUCCAGCUACCCCUCCGCACCAGUUAUGGAAGCCCCUCCCUGCUGUUUCACCGCUGGCUAAAGCCAAAUCUCCUAAGUCUACUGCCCAGGAGGGAACCCUGAAGCCUGAAGGAGUUUCAGAGGCCAAACAUCCAGCUGCAGCUUGCCUCCAAGAAAGGGUCCAUGGCCCUAGUCCAACUCAUGUGGGCUCUGGAGACCAUGACUAUUGUGUUCGGAGCAGGACCCCUCCAAAAAAGAUGCCUGCCUUAAUCGUUCCAGAGGUGGGCUCCCGGUGGAAUGUCAAACGCCAUCAGGACAUCACUAUCAAGCCUGUGCUGUCCUUGGGCUCAGUCAAUCCCCUUCCUCCACGCAUAGCUGCAUCUCAGGAGCCGCUUGAUCACAGGACUAGCAAUGAGCAGGCUGAUCCCCCAGCCCCUUGUCUUGCCCCGUCUACCUUGCUAUCUCCUGAGGCCUCACCCUGCCGAAAUGACACGAACACUAGGACUUCCCCUGCAUCCUCAGCCAAGCAGCAGUCAAUGCGCUGUUACCGAAAAGCCUGCAGGUCAGUCAGCCCCCCAGACCGAGGCUGGCAGGGCCGACGGGGCCGCCGGGGCCGCAGCAGCCGUUCCAUCAGCACUGGGUCCAGCGAGACCAGCGAAGCAUCUUCCUCAUCCUCAUCGUCGUCUUCCUCAUCCCGAUCUCGGUCCAGGUCCCUCUCCCCCCCCCACAAGAGGUGGCGAAGGUCCAGUUGUAGUUCUUCUGGGCGUUCCCGAAGAUGCUCUUCUGCUUCUUCAUCAUCAUCAUCAUCUUCCUCUUCCUCGUCCUCCUCAUCCAGUUCUCGGAGUCGUUCCCGGUCCCCAUCCCCUCGCAGGCGAAGUGACAGGAGGCGGCGGUACAGCUCUCACCGUUCACAUGACCAUUACCAAAGGCAGAGAGUGCUGCAGAAGGAACGUGCAAUAGAGGAGAGAAGGGUGGUCUUUAUUGGGAAGAUACCUGGCCGCAUGACACGGUCGGAGUUGAAACAGAGAUUCUCUGUUUUUGGAGAGAUUGAAGAAUGUACCAUCCAUUUCCGUGUCCAAGGUGACAACUAUGGCUUUGUUACUUACCGCUAUGCUGAGGAGGCUUUUGCAGCCAUUGAGAGUGGUCACAAGCUGCGGCAGGCAGACGAACAGCCUUUUGAUCUUUGCUUUGGAGGCCGCAGGCAGUUCUGCAAGAGGAGCUAUUCUGAUCUUGACUCCAACCGGGAAGACUUUGACCCUGCCCCUGUAAAGAGCAAAUUUGAUUCUCUUGACUUUGACACAUUGUUGAAACAGGCCCAGAAGAACCUGAGGAGGUAA